AUGGCAGCGAAAAAAAGAAAGUUUUCCGAAGAUUACGGUAAGUUUGGAUUUGCCUUCAUAGAAAAAGACGAGUUACAAUUGCCUCAGUGUGUGAUAUGUAUGAAAGUUUUAAGCAAUGAUAGCAUGAUGCCAAUCGCCUUUUGGCAUUUGAAGCAACAGCAUCCUACUCUGGUUUUGAAGACGAAAGAGUCGUUUCUUCUAAAGCAGAAUCACUCAAGCGGAUGA